UGUGAAAGCUAGAGAAAGUCAGAGCGGUAGUGAAAUAGAGACCCACUUAGGAGGAGGGCAGCGCACCGUGUGAUGGCUACAAGAAGUAUAGAAGGAUGCUGAAAAUCAAUUAAAGAAAAAAAAUGGAUUCUAACUACUGGGACAAAAAAUAAGAAAAAUGUGACACCAAUUCUUCGCUGCACAUGCUGACAUGAGAUGACGAUGGUGAAACAAAGGUCAGGAAUGGCCGCUUUUAAAUUCGCAAGCAUCAUAGUUUGCAUUGUUUUGCUUGGACAUGGGAUCCGUGAGAGUACAGCGAGUACUAAAGAGGACCACAGGGAUGAUCCCCUGAAAGGGAUCAUCUCAAAGUGGAAAAAAGAAGCUGGUGUGCCAUCCCAACCUGAAACAAACAAGGAUCAGUCUCUGCCCACUUGGGUCAGAGGUAUUGUUGGAGGCUUAAAAACCCUUUUUCCCACCAAGAACCUGCCUUCAUUAAACAAGCCAAUAGACAGACACCGUCUCUCUGGAUUCCUCUACAACAUUUCUCUGUAUCUGCAAGAGAUGGGUGCUGAGCUGGAAGAUGUGCCCCCAGAGCAGGAAGAGGAACAGCUCUGGGAGAAGGUACUGCAUUUCUUUCUCCAGUCUGAAGGCAAUGCAGCCCUGAACCAGUGGAAUGGCCGUGUACCACCCAGACCCAGCAUUAAGAUGCAGGACUGGUUUUUAUCCCUCAGAGGGAGUCCGCACUGGGACUGGCUGCUUGGGCUCCUGCAGAGCCUCAUCACUCUGUCAGAGCGUCAGCCCCACAGACCAAUCCUGACUUUCUUAUCUCAAAACUGGCGCACACUGAGUGCUGUGCUGGAAGCUGCAUUUCAGGCUCUUAUCAGUGGGACUUAUGGCCAGGCCAGUGCAGGUCUGCAGGGAUUCAUCUGUGCUCUAAAGGGACGUAGCGAUUGCACCUUCAGUGUUAGCUGGCUUCAGCAGCUGCUGCAAUUUCUUGAGACACGCAACUGGAAGCCUGUGGUCAGUUUACACCCAGCAGGGGAACCUGCAGGACAUGGCAAUGGUCCGAGUGCAUUUGGACGUUUUAAGCCCUUCAGCGUGCCCCCUGAGGCCAUAAGGCAGGGAGGCUUUUCAGCAAAUACAUCAGAAGAAAGCACAAUGGAAAUAGAGGACGAGUCCGACUCCAUGCAAAGCUUCCUGCUACAAGUUUUGUCUCGUUCAGGCGCGGGAGAUCGAAGCGGGCAGCAGGCUGAGAAAAACCUGGCUCUUGUGCAGAGUUUGGAUGGGUUGAGGCGAGGCCUUCUGCACAGGGUGGGAAGUUCUGUCUAUGGUAACCUGAGAAAGAAGGUGUCACGAGUUACCAUGGCAUUACUUGAUGAUGUGAGCAGCCUGGUGGAAGUGCCGCAACCCAACUUUCAGGGCCGAUGCACCGUUGGGAACUUAAGACAGCUGAUCUUAUGGGGGAUAAGACAUAAUGUGAUUUGGAACACUCAGGCAUUGGGGGUCAGCUCUCAGGGUCUCCCAAGCUCCCUUCCGUUUCUUUCCUGCCCCUCCACCCAGGGAGAGAAAUUACAGUCACCACGACCUGCAGCUCAGUCAUCUUCAAAAAAGGCUCCCUCUUCACAGAGCUCCUUUAAACAGAAACAAUCCCCUAAACCCUCAGCUGCAGGUGCCAGACAGUUCACAGAGAGAAACAGCAAACAGAAGGAGAUUGAGUUCUUCGCUUCCACAGAAAUUCUGGAGGCAGCGUGUAAUGAGUCCAUCCCUGGCUUGACAGGCGUCUCUAACUUCACCGUUUUCCUGUACUGCAAACUAUUUGAAGGGGAGAACGGGUCGGGCAAUCCUGCUGCAACUCAUUUAGAACUUGACCUGCAUGCGACCUGCUUGGAUGCAGCCUGGUACCUCUCUGCUGCUGAGCAAGACUUCUUUUGGGUCCAUGUUUGCACUGAGUUCUUUGCCCAUGAAUUCAACAACACGGUGUGUUCCAACUCUUCUUUCUGGCUGCAGAAAGCACAGCAGGCUGCAGCAUCACAGGACUUCCAUUUCUUUAACCAGACAAGCAUUGAGGACCUCUGUGUGCAGCUGUCAGGAGAUCCAAAAGUGACUCCAGAGCUUAGUGAGGACUGUCUUGCCCAGCUGGGUGGCAGGUUACUCAGUGCUGAUGCUUUCAGAAACUGUUUCCUUCCCAACAACUCGUUCCUGAUCUCAGCUCUGUGUGGCUCAGGGUCCGCUGGUUCCCAGCAGGCCCUAGAAGAAGGCAGCUGGGUAGCAGCAUACUGCUCCAAAAUAGGCAACCUAACUUUAUAUGAAGCUGCCUUAGAAGACAGUGAGCCCUGUCAGUACACGGAAUGGACCCUGGAUGAUUUCACCAACUUCACCCUGCUGGAAUUCUGUGGACAAACUCAGGGAAUUAGAGAGCACAUGUGUUUAAACUCUACAGUCUUCCAGCAGCUGGUAGAACUGACACCACAGUUUAUAGAUGUCUGUGCAGAUCUGCGAGCACAGCAAGAAAGCAAUAAAUGCCUCCUGCAAAGGAUUUUUGACAUGCUUCCAGCACGGUAUGAGUUUGACACCUCCCAGCUGUGUGUGGAGCCAGCACCGAUGCUGAUGGACCUGAUGCACAAGAUAAGUGUGUGUGUGAUGGACGUCGGGGAGCGAGAGGGGUUCUUUGUGGCACUGGGGUAUGUGCUGCGUAUCCUGGAUUUUGUGGUGGGUCUCUCUUCAGGGUUGGAUGAGGGGGAGCGAGAGGCAAGACAGGGUCUGGGCCAGGCCAUCCUUCUCUCCAGUCUCCUUGACAACUCGUCCUGGGCCACCCUGCAACCAGAGGCCUCCACGAGCGUGCUUCACACUGUGGGAGUGUUCCUGCGCAGAGAGCAGAAUGCCACUGUGAAGGAGGACCUGCUGAGCUGCUUCAGUCCCGUCCUCUGGGACCUCAUCCAGCAAAAUGGUAACUCCUCCGCUCUCAGAGUUCUGUUGCAGGAGUAUCUCCAGAUGCCAAAAGACAGCAUUCGUUCUGUGGUGAUGUCUGCUGAGAAAGAGGCUGUGAAGAGAUUUAUCUCACAUAUGCAUCAAAGUUGGGACCAGCUUCAAGUUGAAACCAGCCAGGCCUCUCAGCAAGAGUUGCAGGCCAUGGAAACCAUGACUGCUGCUUUCAUACACAAGUUCCCCAGAGUGACCCCGGAGCUCUUUGUGGACCUUUCUCAGUUCAUCCCCUUCAUGUCCGUUUCCGACAUAAUGAACUUCCCGGCCUCCUUGAUCGUCAACGACAGUGUCCUGACAGCCAUUCGUGACCACAGCUCCGAGAUGAAGCCCCUGCAGAAGAAGGCUUUUGUGAAACGACUCCUGCAGUCGAAUGUGGUGGGCGACGUGCCCACGUGGCAUCCGCACUUUCUCAGCUCCAUCCUCCCGCUUCUGCCUUACCUCCCAGUCCAUCUUUUUCAGCAGCUCACGUCACAACAGCUCUCUCCUCUGGUGGAGUUGAUAAGCAACAGCAGUCUGGAUGGUGUGAGGGGCCGCCAUGUUCUACGGACCCUGUUUAGUAAGAGAAAGAACCUGACUGGUGACAACCUGCUGAGAUUAGGAGGUCUGGUGUGCUACUUGGAUCCAGCAGAGCUGGGUAUAAAUCUCCAAGACCCAGCUGUGUCCUCUGCUCUUUGGCAGCAGUUGUCUCAGUGCAUUUCCAAGGGGUUGAUCAGUGCCAGCGGCAGGCUGUCAUCCUGGUUGAUCCCAGCAGUAUCAACCAGCCUGAACAUUAGCAGCAUGACUUCUGCUGAGCUGUCUGCACUCAGCGGUUUGCUUCCCCAGUUAGGAGCCUCCUUCCUGCUGUCGCUCCCAUCGCAACGUCUGCUGGAGAUCUUAUCAAAGCCAGGAAUUCCCAGAUAUUCACCAGCUCAGGCAUUUCAGGUUUUAUCCAAGAUCACAAAAGACAGUAAUCUUACUGUGGAAAACCUGUGCCGCCUGAAGCCGUUACUCUCUGGUCUCUUCCCUGCUGUGCUCAGAAACCUCCAUUGGUCUGAUUUCAGUGAGGAGCACUGUCCGUGCUGGAGAACACUCCAAACUGAUCUUAAGCCUGGACACAGAGCCAUGUUAUUCAAUGCCAUGCAGGAGGCUCUCCUUAAAGACUCUAGGAACUUCACUCAGCAGGCAAACUGUCUGCUUCCCUUUGUCCCUCUGAGAAAGCUGAUACAGGCCAUGAAUGGUGGGACCAUUUGGAGAGGCAUCAGCGCAUACAGAGACAUACAGUGGUCUCCUCAGCAGACUCAGUUUUUGUUUAGACAGAUCCAUGAAUUCAAAAACGUCACUAUCAAGAUGGUGAAAAAUCUGGGUCAUAUUGCCGCUGGAAUGAGUUGUGACUUUCUAAAGCGUUGGAUCAACCACACAGAUUUUACUGAGUUACUUAAAUUUGUGAGUGAACUGCCUGGAGGUCCAAGACCUGCUCUGCAAAAGUGCAUUGUGGACGAACUGCGGAAACAACCUGAACUGGAACUCAGUUUUCUGAGUUCUGGGUUUGCAGCAACCUUACCAGUGACAAUGGUAGACAACUUCUCUAAUACGUCUAUCAGAGGAAUCCUGAGCCACAUUCAGCUUGAAUUUCUUGAUUUCCUGAGAUUGCCUCACUAUAAGCAGACAAAUUUAGCUGAGAAGGCCUUAUCUGAGCUGGACUCUUCCCUGGCUGAGGAGAAGAUUGAUGGGGCUGUUCUGGAUGUCCUGGGGCCACUGUUGCCUUUCUUGGACAGAGACAGUCUGGCUCUGGUGGACAGAGGAGCACUGGCUCUGCGGCUGGAAGAGAUGAGGAGUUUCUGUCUUCCCAAAGAAGCCCUCAGAGACAUUAGUGACCUUCUGACUCGGACAGACCUGCUAGGAGAUCCAUCCAAAUGGCAAGUUGGGGAUAUUGAGCAUCUGGGCAGGUUGGUCUUUGGUCUCUCAACAAAACAGAUUGACUCAAUUCCCUUGACAGUGUUAAAUCAGAGCACAGUGGAGCAGGUUCUUGUGAGUCAAAAGUUUUGGGAGAAGAGUCUGGUCGGUGGAAUCUGUAUGAGUCGGUGUGUGGACCAACAGUACCACAGAAAGCAAACCUGGAGCCUAAUUCGAGGAAUUGUCAAAGCACGGAGCAGAAGGGCAAAAGUGCCAGCUCCCAGCUGUGCAGACAUCAGAGGAACAUUCCCUUCAGCUUGGACCCCCACCCAGCUCCGCCGUAUGUCCGUAGAUCAGCUGAGGGAUUGUGUGGAAGUUUUUGGUCAGGAUCCGUCUCUGAGCUCCAAGCAGCGAUGUGCGCUGUGGGGGAAACUCAGGCAGUCCUUCAGUCCGGUGAGGGAGCUGAGAGUGGAUCAGGUGUUAGCUCUUGGAUCAGUGGUCACAGAAAUGGGGGACAGAGAGCUGCAGGAUGCCAGUCUUACUGAUCUCGGUGUGCUGGCACAUCUGGGCACACUGACGAACUGGGCUCCUCGAAAGAUGAGAGCAGUGGUUUUAAGUGUGAUGCGGAGGAGCAGACUAAAAGUGGAGCAUUUAACGGUUGUUGAUUUGGCAACGCUGGGCCAUCUAAUCUGUGGUCUGCAAGCCUCGGAGAUCAAACGCCUGAGCCCAUACAACCUCAGUGUAGCUGUUAUGUUCCUGCGGGAAAUGACCCUGCCGUGUACAGAGCAGCAGAUGGAGGCGCUCACAAACUGCCUGGCCAGAGCAGAGGCCUUUGGUCCUGUCAGUGCUUGGGGGCCUGAGAUUUUCACUGAAAUCGGGACACUUGCAGCGGGUCUGCCUGAUAUAGUGCUGUCAGCUCUGCUGCGAGAACAAAUGGAGGGAAUCACCCCCGAAGCUGUGGCACUGAUGUCUCCGAAAAAAAUUGCAGUGGUGUUCAGUGCAGAACAGUUAUCAUGGCUGAGUGUGGAGCAGGCGUGGGCCGUGACAGAGGAGCAGUGGGCAGAGCUGGACGCGGAGCAGAGGCAUGCUGUUGACCUGGCACGGUAUGAAGGAGACGUCCUGAUGGAGCUCAGAGGACGAAACUCUGCUUCAUCAGCUCUGAACACAAAGAGCUUCACUUUAUGCUCACUGGCUUUGGGCUUUUUGUCACCACAGCUAAUUUAAACAAUGAAACAAAAUUUGAUCCUAACAAUGACUUCUGCUGGUAUUGUAUUUGUACUGCAAAUAAAUAUCUUUAAAUUCUCCCCUGUUCAUUUUAUUGGAAUCUGAAUUUACAGAGAUCUUUAAUGUGCUUUGCAGCUUCAUAUUAAUCACUUUUAUAAGCAUUAUUAGCUUAGUAGGCUCUAAAUAACAGUGUGUGUCCCUGUGCAAUGUUUAUUGAACAAUAAAAAAGGAGGGUGUCAAUGAA